AUGGACCAAUUUAGGACACUUACAGACCUGGAGCAAUACUUGAAAUAUUAUCAAGGGAAGAAGAGCCCAGACCUAGGGGAGUACGACCCCCUCACCCAGGCUGACAGUGAUGAGAGCGAAGAUGACCUUGUGAUUAACUUGCAGCAGAAGAAUGGAGGGGUCAAAAAUGGGAAGAGUCCUUUGGGAGAGCCACCGGAGCCUGACUCAGAUGCUGAGGUUGCAGGGGCUGCAAAGCCACAUCUUUCAGAAGUUACCUCAGAGGGGUUCCCCUCAGAACCCCUCGGGGGCCUGGAGCAGAAGGCAGCCUCCUCUCUGGUGUCGUAUGUGCGCACAUCUGUCUUUCUGCUGACUUUGGGCAUCUCGAUGAUCCUGGUGCUUCUGUGUGCUUUCCUGAUCCCCUGUCCCCCCAGAGACCUGCACAGCACUUGGAGUCGCCACGUGGGCUCCCAGGCCGGUGGGGACCUGUCUCCACUGGAGUUGGCUGAUGUGAAUGGAGAUGGCCUGCGUGAUGUUCUUCUCUCCUUUGUGAUGUCAAGGAAUGGGAGUGUAACAGGUGUCUCAAGGCCAACUGCUAAUCUUGUGUGCCUUUCGGGGAUGAAUGGCAGCACACUAUGGUCUACUCCCCUCCCUGAGGAGGCCCGAGAUAUCACAUGUUUGGAUCUGAAGCCAGGAAGCUUGGCUGAAACUGUUUGCCUUGUGACAGGGACUCACAAAAUGCUCAGCACCUUUAAUGCAACAUCAGGGAAAGCCAUCUGGACCUUAAACCCAAACUACUUGUCCAACGGCACCUUGGUUGCCCCGGUUGUGGUGCUGCCAGACUUGGAUGAAGACGGUGUUAGAGAUCUUGUGGUUCUGGCCAUUGGGGAAUUGCAGCCAGAUCUGUGCUUUCUGCUUGUGUCUGGCCGGACAGGAAUUCCAGUGGGUCGACCUGUGAAGUACAACAUUGUGGGAGUCGGGAAUCUGAUUGGCCCUCAGGUUUACAUCACCACCAAUGGGGCUGUCUACAUCCUGUUUGGCUUUGGAAACAUACAAGCUGUCGCCCUGCGGGACAUUUUUGUUCAGGCCCAAAAUCGAGACAGCUCACCACCUUCUCUGCAGAUAGAAGAGCCAGAGUGGGAGAAGCGAAGAUCCAUCAACCUGUCUGAGCUCAUUGACAUUUACAGUGACGGUGUUGAGCUACUCCAGAUGGUGAAGGCACCAGAUUCCAACUGCAGCAACUUUCUGAUUACAACCAGACAAGGCCUGGUCCUGCUUCGGGGGCAAAAUCUCACACCUUACUGGACACUGAGCCUUCAAGGCCUGCGCAGCCAGCCUACUCCUGGAUAUUUCACUAAUGAUCAGACAUUAGACUUCCUUCUGCAGAUACAGGAUGGAAUUGGGAUGAAAAAGAUGAUGGUGGUAGAUGGGGACUCUGGCUCCAUUAUCUGGAGUUACAGCACUCCAUGUCACAUGAAGGAGACGCCAACCACCUCAGCAGUUACUUCAGACCAGAAGUCUGUCUUCCUCUUCUGGGCUGAAGGGCUGUCGGCCACAUCUCCCACUUCUGAUAUCAUCCUAGGAGCUGAGGUGCCUAGCCUUCACCACCUUUACCUCCUGCAUCCUGCCUUCCCUUCCAUCCUUCUGGAUCUGGCCAACACCACAGGCACAGUGACGGCUUCGGAAGUGGGAAUUAACGACCUCUGGAAAGACGCCUUUUACGUGACCAGGGCAACCAGACCAAGCUCCGAAGGCCAUCCAGCAGCCCUGGUGGUCAGCAAGCUCAGUCUACGGUGGGCACUGAUGGAGGGCCAGGUGACCCAGUUCCAGGAGACCACCCCCAAAAUUGGCCGCGGGGAGCUGCGAAGAUUCCUCUCUCGAAUAAAGUUUGUUGCUGCCCCCUAUGAGAUCUAGUCUGAUGGAAUCUUCAGCUUCAGAAGAAGUGAACAAAAUACAUCCACCUGCUCUUUUGUCCAGAGUGAAAUCAGGUCUUUGGAGAGAAGACAGGCGACGUUAGCCUCGUUUCCAUCUUCCUUGCGUUGUGGCAGAACACUCUGGCUCAUUGGAGUUCUUUGUCAGCAUGGUCCCCUUGGCUGGGAUGUCUUCCCAACCUUUUGAGUCCCUGCAUUAACCCCUUUUAGGAAUUCUGUGUGUCUAGUUUGGAAAUGUGAAUCUUAGAAGUGUUUUAUUUUUUUGUAUGUCUAAUUUAUAAACUCUUGCUGGGAAAUCCGGUGAAGUCUAUGACUAGGAAACAUUCUGUUUUGCAUUAUGCUGCUUUUUAUUUUUAUUUUUUUAAUGUGGUGGUGAAGUUAUUUUCCAGAUAUGUCCUAAGCUUCAGGGAUCCGGUUUCUCGUCCUUCUAAAAUGUAUUUGGUUUGCUGGUCAUCUUGAGACUCCAGCUGGCCCAGCUCUGAUUUCAGGGCUACUCAUUUCUCUUAUUCUUUCCCCGCCGUACUUUGGCUGCUUCCAAACUGCAGUCAGCCGUGAGAAGGACCGGUGGUGAAGACUGGAUUAGCCAUCCCUGCAUUUUCAUCUCUUCCCUGUC